UUAAUUUCUGCGGUCGCAUCUAGAUCUGAAAUCUGAACAAACAUUUGCGGAGCUUGGACUUUUUGGAGUCGCAUGGAAUUUAUCUGUUUCUUUUGAGACACAUCUGUUGAAUGAUUUAGUUGUAAUGACAGGAUCUUUAUAAAGAUUCCUCGGGAUUUCUCGAGGGAUGCAGAUUGGUCGUUUUGGCGGGAGAGGUUUUUCUAUGUUUCCAUGAAAGCCUAGCAAGCAGCAGCCAUGUCAUGCUUCUGCAUUCGUCUGCAGAAGGACAUUGUCAAGACCUUAGACUUCAGACAUUGCAGUCUAGCCUUCAUACCUGAAGAGGUUUAUGAGUAUGAGGAAACACUGGAGGAACUGUGUCUGGACUCCAACAACAUCAAAGAUCUACCAAGGUCGCUGUUUCACUGUGAGUUCCUGAAGAAGCUUAGCAUCUGUGACAAUGACCUGUGUGCCAUACCAAGUGCUGUGGCAACUCUUGUCAACUUGGAACAACUUGACAUCAGUAAAAAUGGUAUUGUUGAGUUACCAGACAGCAUUAAAUGCUGCAAGAACCUCAGCAUGGUUGAAAUCAGCGUCAACCCACUGGGAAAGCUACCAGAAGGGUUCACUCAGCUCGUCAACCUUACCCAGCUAUAUCUGAAUGACACCCUUCUGAAUUAUCUACCAGCAAACUUUGGCCGGCUAGUCAAGCUGACUGUCCUAGAACUGAGAGAGAACAGACUCAAGGCAUUGCCAAAGUCCAUGGCCAGGCUGACCGAGUUAGAGAGAUUGGAUCUUGGGAUGAAUGAAUUCAGAAAGGUGCCUGAAGUGAUCGGGUUCUUCACUAAACUGACGGAGCUAUGGCUCGAUUCAAACAAGCUGACUUGCAUUCCUCCGAUCAUUGGCAACUUGAAGGAGCUGAGUUACUUGGAUGCAUCGUGUAAUCGUAUUGAGAGUUUACCAUCAGAGAUAGACGGUUUAGACAGCCUGACUGACUUACAUCUAUCCAAGAACUACCUGCAGGAACUUCCUAAUACAAUUGGACAACUGAGCACCUUACAGAAUCUGAAGCUAGACUACAAUCAGAUCUCUUUCCUGCCAUACUCCAUCGGUGGUCUGGUCUCAUUAGAGGAACUCAUACUCACCUAUAAUGAUCUAGAGGAGCUACCUCCGAGUAUUGGACUUCUGAGGAAACUCACUCAUCUCAAUGUUGAUGAGAACAUGCUGCUUGAGUUACCGUCGGAGCUUGGAAGCUGUAGCACCAUCAGCCUUCUGUCCCUUCACAGCAACCUCCUGAUGACCCUACCAGAUGAGAUUGGUCACAUUAGCAACCUCUCCGUCCUCAAUCUUUGCAACAAUCAGCUACGGUAUCUUCCUUACAAGUUCACCAAACUCAAGAAGCUUCAGGCACUCUGGCUGUCAGAAAACCAGUCUAAGCCCUUGAUUCCUCUCCAGUCUGAGAUGAGAGAAGACCUCGGUAAGAGGGUGCUGACCUGCUUCCUGUUUCCACAGCAACACAAAGAUCCCGAUGAAGUUGUCUAUCAGAGUGAUGGAGAGAGUUUCCAUGCUUCUAUCUGGGAGGAACAGAGACUGAGUCGCAGGCAGAUUGCUUUUGAUGUGUCCGAGUCUGAUUCUGAGCACAAGAAGAAAAGAACACCUACCCCCUACCCCAAGGAAGGCGUCAAAAGGAAGAUCCUUGCUACAUCUCGUGGGGGUAGCGGCAAGGCCAGUAGAUCACGUAGUCAAGCAAGCAACAUUCUCCCUAAUUAUCCAUCUGUAGAUACUUCACAGAGACAUAGUCAACCAGGGAGUCCAAGAGACAGCAAGUCUCGACGGCCUCGAUCCCCCGGCUCUCCUAUAGCAGACAGCUUACACUUGUUCCAAGCAGACAAGGAGAAGAUGGCUAAGGAUAAAGCUCGUCUGCGAGGGAGUAUGUCAUCCGUCAGUCGACAUGACAGUGACACUGAGUCUGUAGCAUCCUCUACAAAGGAGAGAGUUGUUGGCCGAAGAGAAAUGAGGGCCAGAAUGGACCGAGCAGCAAUGAGUGACACAGAAGCAUUGAUACAGAGCCCAGUCUGGAGCCACACUGGAGGAAUAAACACAAACAAACAACGGACUGUACAGAAUCAUGUUACAAAGUCACCUGGCCCUGUUAACAAGAAUCACAGCCGAGGGUAUGAAUCCGAUCAAGUUGACAAUUCCCGGACACCUAUCCGAUCCCCGAAAGUGCCUCAGAUGCAAGUACGUCACAGUCAGGAACCAAGGAGCAGUAGCGUAGGAUACAGCCGAGGCUACGAGUCAGAUCAAGUUUGUACAAACCGGUCACCACUUGAUGCAUACGUACAAACACGAACCAAAACAGAUUUGGAAAAGAACCGUAACUGCAAUGCAGCGAGUACCAGCAUGGAUGGGCGCCAGUCAUGGCGGUUGUCACAUCAGCGUAGUUCUGGUUAUGGUACUGACCCUGAACAUGGGUACACAAUGUCACCCACGGAGGAUCGACAAUCAAGAAUGGCUAAUGUAAAACAGAAACGAGAUGAAAUGUUGCCUCCUCCAUACUACAGAGUGCGUCAACUGAGGAUGGGUGCUCAGUCCAGGUCUGUGCCACGUAAACACCCUUUCAAAGAUCAACCACAAAGUUUGAAAGAUUAUGGCUGGAUUGAUAGUCAGUUGCCUUCCACACCAGAGACUGAGGCUGUAUCUGCUAGACCUCAGACAAACCAUGAUCCAAACACAGAGUUCAGAUCCAAAUCAUCAAGUAGGAACCCUCCGUUCAGGACACCACCAAUGAGAAACAGGAGUCAUCCAUCUGCUUACUCGGAUACAGAACUGACAUCGGGUCCAAGAAGAGACCAACCAAAGUAUGUAGAGCCAUAUCAAAGAGAGUCUGACAGACAUCGCAACAGCAAGGAACAAGUCACUCAGCAUGCCGAGUCUGGGUACCAACUAAGAAGAGAGAAAAGUUUCCAAAGUAAUGACAGAGUAUCGCAAGUUAAUAAGGACCAGCAAAAUGCCCAAAGUGAUGGGGAGAACAGGCAAAGAGACGACAGACUACUCCAUGAGGGUAGACAGAGGAACUCCCCUGUGUUUGAUCACAGUAAACACCUUCCUACUUCCCAAGCACCAUACUCUGAUUCCAACCAACAAUCCUCCAGGUCAGUAGACUUCACAUCAACCAGUAACAUGAGGCCGUCGAGUCAGCAACAUCAGAAACUAACAGACCCUCGGAAUAGACCUCUCCCUGAACAGAAAAACUGGCAGACACUGGUGACAGAAGAUGGCAACCAAGACUAUGUCAACUCACAUGAAGACAGACAACAACCAUCAUCAGUACAUCUCAAUGCAAGAGGAAGCCACAGCCUGCCUAGAGAUGUGGCUGGUCACCCGCAACAACCUAGUGAUGCGUCCACCCGUGAUGCCGGUAACCAGCCGAAAUCAUCCUCUCUACCAAGAUCAGAGGUUAAAGGUUACAAAGCUGUAGUGGAUGGCAUCAGAAGAGACAGGGAUCAUGACACCUUGACUGAUCGUCACACAAAUACUAGAAGAAGCGAAAUGAAGAUGAGACUGGAUGGAGGAGCACCCAACUAUGCAUCAGAGCCAGAACUCAGACAGUCUUACCAACCACAGCAUCCCACAGGAACGCCCAUGGCUCAGCCCAGUUAUAGACCUACUGGACACCCCAGGGAUAGGACGCUGGAACGAAGACAGUCACACAGUCCAGUCUUUGAGAACCAGGGUCAGGGUCCUUCAGGUGAAACUUUCAGGUUCCCUUAUGGUUUAACCUCAUCUACACCUAGUGUAGAUGGUGGUUCUAGACCACAGAGCCCCACAGGUUCAAGACCUCAUAGUCCAAUCAACACCGUCCAUCGUAGAAGUAGACCUGGCUCCCCAACGGACUUAUCUCAAUCUAAGCAACCAAACCACUUCUCUGAAAAUGAAUCAUUCAAUCCUACAAACCGGCAUAGAGACUUGAGAGAUGGUCAUCUUGACAAGCUCAACAAGCUCCCACAGCGCCCACAUGCAAGGCAGUACAACAGUGACUAUGCCUCAGAUAAACCCAACUAUAACCGCAGGGGCUCAGAUUCUUUCAUGGCACAACAGUCAAAGGUUGGCCAGCCAAGCAAUGCCCCUAUGUCCUACCACAGCCGAUUGAGAGACAGUCUGCGUGGGCCACUACCUACUCCUAUAGUGGGUACUAACCAGCAUCAGACUAUGCACAAUAUCUAUACUCCUGAGCUGAACCCACGGUCCAUGCAGUACCAGGGUCUAUCUAGUCAGUCAUCUAGUGUACCCGGCCCAGAUCUAUGGCCUCAGGAUUCCUCAGGAUAUGCCAGCGACCAGAAUGAUUUGGGAUGGAAGAGAGCCUCUUCCAGCACGCCUACAUCCUCUGUCUUUCAAGGUCCGUCCUCUCCACCCAUGUGGAGACCAGGCUUUGAUAUCACUCCACCCAAUCACCGAUCCAGACAUCCCUCAUCAGAUCCUCAAGACCAGCCUCAGCCAGCUAAAAGGAUUCCUGUGGUCAUCUACAAGAACCCUGGCCUUGGUUUCAGCAUCACUGGGGGUAAAGAUGCCCCUGGCAACCCCUUCCAACCAUUUGAUUGGGGCAUUUUUGUGACCAAGAUUCAGCCUGGUGGACCUGCCGAUGGUGUGCUGAAGCCUGGGGACAAACUCCUGGAGGUCAACGGUCGAAUCUUUGACAGUAUCCUACAUGAUGAUGCGGUCAAAUUGCUACGCAAAAGCAACCCAGUGUCUAUAGUGGUUCAUCGGACCAGUGCUGACAACUGAUGAGUAGAGAUUUAUUAUUUGCAUUCAAACUAUUUCACUGGUAGUAAGAUGGUUGGUAGAUACAUGCAUGGACAUGACUUUGUAAUAGUAGAAGUUUUCUUUAAGAAAUGAUACAUUUGCUAGUACCUUAAGGUUUGACAGACAGUACAAGUUAGCCUAUACAGACAGUGUCAGGGGUAGUGUGGGCUUACUCAGGAGAGACAAUUAGAGCCACUUUAUUUGCACAGACGAAUUGUCAUGCAUUGUAGCCAAGCUGCAUGCACAUGGAGCACAGUACUUGCUUCCAAAUGUGCAUCUAUACAUGGCCAAUAUUUGGCAUUUUUCAUUUCUUUUGAACAUUGAAAGCCUACAAAUGUUUCCAGAACCACAGACAAAGCUGGGUUUUUUUAUGGUUUGAAAGAGGUAAAACCAACCAGCCAUACUUUUAUAAAAUCUUGACUUUUGUAAACUACUUUGACAAUGGUCACUUUGUAAUCAGACUAAAACCUAGUGUAUUUCCAAACAAAACAACUACAAAACAGCUUAUCAAACAGUGCUGAAUGUAAAGCUGAAAUGAACUCUAUUUUGUAUUAAUUAUCAAUUUGGUUAUGAAAUAUCUUAAUUUGUUUAUUAAAUAUAAAAAAAAAA